AUGUCUCCUGUGAAAGCCGACCAAGACGCCGCCGCAGCCAUUUCUGGCGAGACAACAUUCGGACCAAAGGACAGAACUCCCCCUCAAGCUCAAGGCAAGGACAAGGAAUCACCCGCCGCACUCUCCAUUUGCUAUGGCGUAGAGCAAGAGAUUCUGCCAUGGGGCUUUGAGGUCUCGAAUCGCGACGAGACAAGGCAGGAAGCCGAACUACAUCGUGCUACAAAGGGUCCCGACACACGAGCUGCAAAAACCGGUGCCAUGGAUGCUGGAGAGCAGCUAAAGAGCGAGGUCGACGCACCUCGUGUUUUGGACCCUCUCACUAUCUGCAUAGGAGCUGGACAGGAGAUCAGGCCGGUGGCCCGGGCUGUUCCUCGCAAAAGCCGCGCGCAAAGGGUCGAGGCGGAGCCAGCUGUACGGCAGAGGUCAUCUCUCGAUGCCAUGCAGGAUCUUUUGCGGCAGGAGUCUACCCUGGUCGCCAAAGCACUACUUGAUGGUCCCAUUCUGCGCAAAGUGGAGACCAAAGACGUUCCCGAUACUGUCGAAGAGGCCAUGAGGCUGCUGCUGAGAGACAGUCGCGGCUUUCUUCAAUGGGCGGUGGACGCAAAGAGGGAACAACUUGAGAAGAAGGAUGAUGAAGUGGAAACCCAAGACGCCUCGACUGAUAUCGAAGCAGAGGUUCAAACGAUCGCGGAGGGCGAAAGCUGCGUGUUUGGGAUAGAACGGGCAGCCGUAAUGGAUCGGUACAUUUCAGUGGUCGUCAUUUCUGCCAUUGUGCUGAUGGUGGCAAUGACCAUGACGCUAUUGUUCAUUGCCACCAUCACGCUAUCGAGCCUCUGA